AAUUCGUCCGUUUCCGCGUUCGUCUGGACGCAACGCGCCGGAAGGCGUGUGUGCACUGCGUCUCCGCCGUCGAUGCAAACGAAGUAAGAGGCACCGAGAGUCAAAGCUAAAAUCCGCAUUCAAGACAAGAUGGCAGGGUUGCCCCGCAGGAUCAUUAAGGAAACACAGCGUUUGUUGGCAGAGCCGGUGCCAGGUAUUAAGGCAGAGCCAGAUGAGGGGAACGCUCGCUACUUCCAUGUGGUCAUCGCCGGACCUCAAGACUCCCCCUUCGAGGGAGGAACUUUUAAACUUGAACUCUUUCUUCCUGAAGAAUAUCCCAUGGCAGCUCCGAAAGUACGCUUCAUGACCAAAAUAUAUCACCCCAAUGUAGACAAGCUGGGAAGAAUAUGUCUAGAUAUUUUGAAAGAUAAGUGGUCUCCAGCCUUGCAGAUCCGCACAGUGCUGCUAUCAAUCCAGGCAUUACUAAGCGCUCCCAACCCUGAUGAUCCUCUAGCAAACGACGUCGCAGAGCAGUGGAAGUCUAAUGAAGCUCAAGCCAUAGAGACAGCCCGAACAUGGACCAGGCUUUAUGCCGGAAACAAUAUUGAAGUCUAAAAAUGUAGGUGGGGAGACAAAAAGAGA